UUUACAUUUGUUUUGUGUGAAUUCGGUGUGGUGGGGAUUGAAUCAUGUCUCUGUAGCAUGCUCGUCGGUCGAUUCAAAAAAUAAAGAUUAUAGAAACCAAUGAGCAAAAGAUGAUUACCGAACCGGAAUGUGAAAAAUUGAAUAAAAGUAAUAUUUUGAAUUGCUCCUCGUGGGGAGGAGGAUCGAGAAAGUGCCCAUCUUGUGGUUUUGUAAAUACCCAGCGGACAAUUGUGUGUCGAAAUCUUGAUUGUGGCUUGCGUAAAAGCAUGUUAGCAGCAAUUAAGCCCUAUGAUCCAAUCCAACUUGUCACUUACAAUGACAACAUUAGCCUUUACUCUUUGAGAAUCAAAGAGAAACUGAGCCAUGUUCGUAAUUUUGUGGGUAUUUGUGUUACUCAAUCGUCUUCUUUGGAGGUUGGAUACCCAAAAGCCGUGUGUUAUGUGGAUGAGUGCAAAUAUGAUGGGAGUGCGGAGGCGCCUGUCGUCAACUGUAAGCAUGUCAAGGCCAUUAAAUAUUCAAUAGAUAACAUCCCACAGGCCGAGGUCUAUGUCAUCGACAAGGAAGUAAUGUGGAGUUUGAAAAUUGCUGAGGCGCAAAAGCAAAAUCUUUGGGAUUUGUAUUGUCGUCACAAAAACGAAGACGUUCCAUGUGUUCAGCGAUUAAACUCUUCAACGUUCGUAGUUGGUUGUGACGGCAAAAUGAAUAAUUUUCCUGCUGGACGCUUGCAUGUUACCGUGUGCGCAAAUUCGUUGGCCAACAAGAAAGGAUUCUAUUUGUGCGCCUGCAAAAAGUUAAAAAUUGUCGUUGAGCCCGAUUACACGGUCAUAAUGAAGAAGGAAAUAUGCGACCAUUUGCUAUUGCUACUGGCUGCCAUUCUUAGCCGGUCCGAUGGCAAUACUAUGUAUGGGGCUUUCCUUGAAGCUAUGCAACACCUAUGGGUCACAUCAACUCCAAAACAAAAUGCAGAUUCCAGUUCCAAUCUAAUUGACUUUGAUAUGUCGUCUUUAAUUGAUAGUACCGAUAAGUGCGAAGUCAAUUCGAUAUUACCCUCAAAUCCGGUAGAUCUAUUUAAUUAUAGUGAAGAUCUAUUCUCCGAUAAUACUAUCCCGGAUUUUUCCGACAUGAUUUUUGAUGUGGAUUCUGAUAAACUGUCACCACCGAUGACUCCACUUGAAGAACAACCCAAAGUUUCCACCUCAACGCCUGAACUUAAAUUUAACAUUACUAAGAAAAGUGAUGUCGACUAUGACUUUGACUUUAAUUUUCCCACUAUAAAGUCAUCGGGCACAAUGUCACCCCUAUCAAUGCUGUUUGAUUCCAAUGAAAACAGUUUAAUUGAACAAUUUCAUCUCAACGAGGACGUUCAAGUAUCAUGUGAUAAUAUAGCUUUAGCAAAGGACAUUGAGAACCUUAAUAAUCUGGAAUCGCAGGUGACACCAAAUCUAUCGUCACAAGUGGUUCAAAUCAAGCAAGAGCAAGAGAAAGAAGAAAGAGAAUCAACAAUCAAUCCACUGCCGCUACCACUACCAACACCACCAUCAACACCUGCCGUCUCUGACAGUGCGAAGACAGUCAUUAUCAAGCCAAAAAGCAAUCAAGUUUUCAUAAACAACAAAUCUGUUAUAGUUAAACAAAGUCCUGUGAAAAUCAUCAAAAUAACCACGCCGGGUGUCAUACGGAAGCUGCCCAAAAUCGAUAAGAAAUUUAUACAGAUUUCAAAAAUAGAUUCCAGUAAACUAAUAGUACUUAAUUCUAAGACUCAGACUCAGACUCAGAAAUCCUCCAUCAGUAUACAGCCCGCAAAUAAUCUAAAAGUUACCUCAACCGUGCCGUCACCGCCUCUAAGAGAUGCCGUCAAUCAGCCAUUCUUAAGCUAUGAAGCAUGGUUAGAUCAUAUCAUUGAAAUACUUAAUGACAGUAUUAUUCUACAAGACUCCAAUAAUAUUAAGCAUACGUUUCAUGUUCAUGAGGAUAUGUUUUCAUGUUUUAGUAAAACAUUUGGUUUCAAUGACAGACCUCGACUGCCAAAUUUUACCCAGCUUAUAACAAGUGGAAAACAUAAAGGACUUGUUAAGUACGGUUGGUACUUUAAUCAAGCAGCAGCAGUUAAACGAAUAUUUUCAACAAAAAAUUCCAAACUUGAAUUACAACGUCCUACGGAACCAUUAAAUAAGGGCAGUUUUGUGCCAUUUUUCUCGAAAAUUUCCAGUCAAAUAACAGUGACCAAAUGUCGUUCUAAAGAACCUGAGCAUAGAGUUUUUCUAAAAUUUUCCAAUGCACCCGAGACGGCUUCGGAUAACUAUGAGUGUGAAAAAUCUGGCAUGAAACUAGAAUGGCUGCCAUCAGCAUUCCCCAGAAGUCAUUUUGGCCUUAUGACUAUUGAGUUUUGCGUCUACACCUAUACAAAGAAUCAUUCCCAGGAUGUUUUUUCCUGAAAUAUGUGCAAUAAAGUUAUUUGUUGUUUAAAUGAAAAAGAAAAACCAAACCCUGCAUAGCGAUUUCUUCUUUCAACAAACAUAUUGGGUUGCCCAAAAAGUAAUUGCGGAUUUUUCAUAUAGUCGGCGUUGACAAUUUUUUUCACAGCUUAUGACUCUGUAAUUGCAUUCUUUCUUCUGUCAGUUAUCAGCUGUUACUUUUAGCUUGCUUUAGAAAAAAAGUGUAAAAAAAGUACAUUUGAUUAAAGUUCAUUCUAAGUUCUAUUAAAAAUGCAUUUACUUUCUUUUAAAAAAUCCGCAAUUACUUUUUGGGCAACCCAAUACAUGUGUACAGUAAUUGUAAGGCGAAAUUGGUUAUCUUCAAAUAGUUGUAUAUCAUUGCAUCUUCUUUUACGUUUUGACCGAAUGUUCUUUAUCGUAUUUCCUUACCACAUACUUACCAUUCAAAAAAUGAAUCAUCCGUUUUUUUUCAAUCAAACAAUCAAUCACUUAACGGUUGCGUACGUAACUUUAAAAAUAUAAAUACAUACAAGUCAAUUAGGUACAAUCGUAUAUAAUAUUCAAGCAAUCUUUACUGUACAUAUGUAUGUCUGCACUUUCUCAUCUAAUUACUUGGUAA